UGGUUGCAUGGAAAAUUUGGAGGGGAAGCUCUUCAUUUUUCGUUUACUUGAAUUUUCUCAAGUGUAGCUGUUAAUUUAUUUAUUCAUUCAGUAAUUUAUAUUCCUAUAUUUUUGGGGGCAAAAAAAAGGGGGAAAUCCCGAGAAAUGGCAAGAAAGUAAAAAAAGAAGGCAACGUAGGGUUCAUUGAACCUGGACAAUAUUUGAAUUAGUUCCUGGUGAUAUUGGUAUUUAUAAAAAAAGAAGCAACAAAAAGCAGGGAAAGACGAGGACCAUCGAGUUGGGAUGCCAAAAGGGUUUACUUAAAAUUUCCUAUUUGAAGUAAAGCUUUGGCCUUUGAAGCUGGGUGGGGUCUUCCACCAUCAAUGGCUUCAAUAUGAUGUUUAUGAAAGAAGGCUUAGUUUCGCUGUUGUAAAGAUAAGUGACAUGGAUUCGAAGUCUUGUUUGAAAGAUGUGGAGGUUGAAACCAAAGAGAUGGACAAUAGAAGCCAGUCGGCCUCACAACAAGGCAUGCAUUAUCUUCACAAGGUCGGAAUUCCGCCUAAGCAAAACCUUGUGAGUGAGUUUACUGCCAGGGUGAAAGAAACAUUCUUUGCCGACGAUCCUCUGCGUCCCUUCAAGGAUCAACCGAGGUCUCGAAAGCUAGUCCUCAGCAUCCAGGCGAUCUUCCCGAUUUUCCAAUGGGGAAGGAGUUACAGCUGGAAAAAAUUCAGGGGUGAUCUCAUUGCUGGACUCACUAUUGCCAGUCUCUGCAUUCCUCAGGAUAUUGGUUAUGCAAAGCUAGCAAACUUGGAUCCACAGUUUGGACUUUACUCCAGCUUUGUUCCACCACUGAUUUAUGCCUUCAUGGGAAGUUCCAGAGAUAUUGCAAUCGGACCAGUCGCUGUGGUAUCUCUUUUACUAGGUUCAAUGCUUUCAAAUGAGAUUGACCCUAGCCACAAAGCCGAGUACCAGCGGCUUGCAUUUACAGCUACAUUUUUUGCUGGCAUAACUCAAGCCACUCUUGGUUUUCUCAGGUUGGGCUUCUUGAUUGACUUCCUUUCACACGCUGCCAUCAUCGGCUUUAUGGCUGGAGCUGCUAUUACAAUCGCCCUCCAACAGCUUAAAGGUCUUCUCGGUAUACAAAAGUUUACAAAGAAAACAGAUAUUAUUUCCGUAAUGCACUCUGUAUGGGGAAACAUUGAUCAUGGAUGGAACUGGCAGACCAUACUUAUCGGAGUUAGCUUUUUAUCCUUCCUCCUGUUUGCCAAGUACAUCGGAAAAAAGAACAAGAAGUUAUUCUGGGUGCCGGCCAUAGCGCCUUUGAUAUCUGUUAUUCUCUCCACCUUUUUUGUUUAUAUAACACAUGCCGAAAAGAAAGGGGUCCAGAUUGUGAAAAACAUUGAGAAAGGAAUCAAUCCCUCAUCAGUAGAUCAGAUUUAUUUCAGUGGCGAAUAUCUUCUUAAAGGUUUGAAGAUUGGUAUAGUGGCUGGUAUGAUCGCAUUGACGGAAGCUGUUGCCAUUGGAAGAACAUUUGCUUCAAUGAAAGACUAUCAGCUAGAUGGAAACAAAGAAAUGGUGGCUCUAGGAGCAAUGAACGUCGUUGGGUCAAUGACUUCCUGCUAUGUAGCCACCGGUUCAUUUUCUCGAUCUGCAGUAAAUUUCAUGGCUGGAUGUGAAACUGCCGUCUCUAAUAUCGUUAUGUCAUGCGUUGUAUUUCUAACUUUAGAAUUCUUGACACCACUUUUCAAAUAUACCCCAAAUGCUAUUCUCGCUGCCAUCAUUAUAUCUGCCGUGGUUGGACUUAUCGAUAUUCCGGCAGCAAUUUUGGUAUGGAAGAUUGAUAAAUUUGAUUUUGUUGCAUGCUUGGGGGCCUUUCUCGGAGUAAUAUUUGUGUCGGUUGAGAUAGGCCUUCUCAUUGCUGUCACUAUAUCCUUUGCUAAAAUCCUUUUACAAGUUACUAGACCUCGGACGGCUAUUCUAGGGAAGGUCCCUAGGACUAAUGUGUACCGGAAUAUCUUACAAUAUCCGGAAACAGCUAAAGUUCCGGGGAUUCUGAUUGUGAUAGUUGAUUCUGCAAUUUACUUUUCCAACUCUAACUAUGUCAAGGAGAGGAUAUUGAGAUGGUUGAUGGAUGAAGAAGAGAAAGCAAAAGUUGCAUGUCAACCAACGAUCCAGUUUUUGAUAGUUGAGAUGUCUCCCAUAACCGACAUCGAUACCAGUGGCAUCCAUGCCUUGGAGGAAUUGCAUAGGAGUCUUGAGAAAAAGAAUAUUGAGCUUAUACUAGCAAAUCCUGGACCAGUGGUGAUGGUCAAGCUUGAGGCCUCGAAAUUCGUGAAUUUGAUCGGUGAUGACAAGAUCUUCUUGACGGUUGCAGAUGCGGUGUCGUCGUGUUCUCCGAAAAUGGCGCAAGAAGUAUGAAGAGGGAGGAGGAUCUAUGAAGAAGGUUAAUAAUGAAAGGGUCAAUUAUAAAGGUGUUUUUAAGUGGGAAUAGCUGAGAUCAUAGUCCCUAAGGGACAUAGCAUAAAGUUGUGCAAUGUGAUUGGGAUAAGGUUUGGUUUAUUAAAUUCGGGAAAAUAUUGUUCAUAGCA